AUGGCAUGCUUUGCUAUCUCUUGGUCUUCUUUACUUCACAUUCUGAUGUCUCUGCUUAUUUUCUCGAUUAAUCGUAUUGCAGUAGCUGACCCGGCCUAUGUAUUUUCCCUUUGCUCAGAUAUGCAAACUGUUGCACCAAGUAGUAAUUAUCAGACUAAUGUUGAUGCUCUUCUGUCUUCCUUCUCAUCUAAAAAGGCCAGUGAAAGCCUCUUCUACAACACAACUGUUGGUAUUGGAGCAAAUAAGGUCUAUGGCUUCUUUUUCUGUGGUUUUGAUGAAACUGUUGCUAUCUGCCAGAAGUGCAUUUCCUUGGCCAUCAACUCGUUGAAUUCCCGUUGCCGUGGACAGAAAGAAUCUGUAGUAUGGUAUGAUCAAUGUCUGGUACGAUACUCUAAUGAGUCUUUCUUUGGUACCAUGAAUGAUGCUCCAAUGAUACCUAUGUGGAACAGACAGAACGCUGUUGACAUACAGAACAUUACAAACAACCAAUUGGGUUUUAUACAAGUUCUGCUAGGAACUUUGAGAAAUGUUUCAUCCAAAGCAGCAACAGGUCCAUCCGGGAAAAAAAUUGCUACAAAAGAAGGGAAAUUUGUGGCUAAUUUGACAAGCAUGAACUUGCUUUACACCCUUGCUGAAUGCACCCCAGAUAUAUCUACGAGAGACUGCAACACUUGUCUCCAGAUGACUAUUGGCAACAUGACAGACAUGUGCAACAUGAAGGCAGGUUGUACUAUGAUGAAUCCCAGUUGUAAUAUUAGGUACGACGUAUACGCUUUUUAUGGAGAUGCCCUUACACCCACUUUAGGACCUCCGUCUGUUCCCUUUUCCGUAGGUAAGAAUCACAAAAAAAAUUCCAAGAAACCAAUUAUAGAAGCAGAUGAGAUUGAAACUGUGGACUCCUUGAAGUUCGACCUGAGCACAAUACGGAAGGCAACAAAUAACUUCUCAGCAGACAAAAAGCUAGGAGAGGGUGGGUUUGGUGAAGUUUACAAGGGAAAGCUUGAGGAUGGGAGUAUUAUAGCUGUGAAGCGGCUGUCUAGCCAAUCUGAACAAGGCAUUGGUGAGUUUAAGACUGAAGUAGUUUUAGUUGCAAAACUUCAGCACCGGAAUUUGGUCAAGCUAUUGGGCUUUUGCCUGUCAGGAAAGGAAAAGAUACUUGUCUAUGAGUUUUUGCCUAAUAUGAGUCUUGACCGUUUUCUAUCAGAUCCAACAAAGCGGGAAUCCUUAAACUGGAAAACAAGAUUUAAAAUCAUUGAAGGAAUUGCGAGAGGUCUUCUUUACCUUCAUGAAGAUUCCCGACUCAAAAUUGUGCAUCGAGACCUCAAACUUAGUAAUAUUCUGUUAGAUGAAGCUAUGAAUCCUAAGAUAGCAGAUUUUGGCAUCGCAAAGCUUUUUGGGGUAGAUCAAACUCAAGACAACACUGACCGAAUUGUUGGAACAUUUGGGUACAUGGCUCCAGAAUAUCUGCUUACAGGCCAAUUCUCAGUUAAAUCAGAUGUAUACGCCUUUGGGAUCAUAGUCUUGGAGCUUGUGAGUGGUCUAAGGAACAGGUUUUCACAUCAACAGAAAAUUGAAGAGUCACUCCUAUACAGGGCUUGGAGGCUAUGGAAUGAAGGGAUCCCAUUAAAGUUGACAGAUCCAACUUUUUGCAGUGAUUUUCCUGUUGAUGAAAUGGCUAAGUGCAUGCAUAUUGGAUUGUUAUGUGUCCAAGAUGAUGCAGCUAAGAGACCGCGAAUGCCAACAAUUGUUGGUGCUCUUAAUGGAGAAUCAAUCACUCUGCCUUUACCAACCCCGCCUCAUUUCUUGAGUGAUUCUGUUGAUAAUGGAAUCAAAGAGGAUGACUUGACCCAAUGUAAUCAUGCAUUAAGAGUGACGGAGAUUUUCACUGAAUUGUCACCUCGAUAAUGUUUAUUGCAGGCAAGGAUUCCCGUACAAAACUGUUAUUCAUGGUCAUAUAACCUUAUGCAGGAGUUAGUUGUCUCAGAACAUAAAGAAUAUGCUAUGACUACAAAUCAUGUACCCUGUUAUCGAUCUGAAUGAUGUAAUGACAUAGACUGAGGUUUUUGUUUUAAGAAUUCUACUUCAAAGGUUUCGCACAAAAGGAUCAGAGAGAAACCUGUUCAUGUGGUAAUCGAUUUGGUUUCAUUGCUUGAGCCUCACAGAUCAUAAUAAGAAGUCGAUUUGUUUGAGUUGCAGGCAGAUUUGAGAGUACGAGGUUGCAAAAGAAUGGAUAAGUCCUAGCAGUCGAGAGGAAGGGGUAAAAUUUGUUUGUUUUUCUUUAAUGCUUAGUCUUUUUAAAGGUACAUUCAAUUGUGGAUAUCCUUUAGGGAAUCAAAAGAUAGUAUCAAAAAAUGGUGACAGCUGAUUAUUUCUUGUUCAUAUCUAUUUAUUAUUAUUUUUUGGAGAAAGAGGGGCAUCUAAAAUUAUUAUGAUUACUUCUCAAA